AUGACUGGCAACGGGGUUCUGAGCAAUGACUUUUAUGAAGAUUCCGCCAACGCGCACGCAGUCAGUGAGAACGGUGUAAAUCUGAACGCUGUCCAUCUCAUCAGCGCACAGCCUUCUGUCAGCCCUACAAAGCUAAAGUCUCGCAGGCAGCGAUGGAACGUCAGACCCUCCGAAAUGUCGAAGAACACGCUUAAUCCCAUCCGUGCUAUUGUCGAUGGCAUGAAACUAACUCCAAACCCUCACAAAUCCAUGAUCGCCCUAUCCAUUGGUGAUCCUACUGUAUUUGGAAACUUGCCUACAAGUGAAAGUGUUCUACAAGCAAUGAAGGAUGCUAUAGAUUCCCAUAAAUAUAAUGGAUAUGCCCCCUCAGUAGGUUACCAGAAAAGCAGAGAGGCUGUGGCAAACUUCUACAGCCAACCAGGUGCUCCUCUGGAGGCUAAGGAUGUGGUCUUGACCAGUGGCUGUAGCCAGGCUAUAGAGCUGGCCAUUAGUGCAUUAUGUAACCCAGGAGACAACAUCCUGGUUCCUUGCCCUGGAUUCUCCCUCUACAAAACCAUGGCAGUGUCUAUGGGCAUCCAUGUCAAGCUGUACAACCUCCUGCCAGAGAAGUCCUGGGAGACUGAUCUGCAGCAGUUGGAGAGUCUGAUUGAUGACAAGACAACUUGCCUGAUAAUGAACAACCCUUCAAACCCCUGCGGCUCUGUAUUUACCAAAACACACCUGUGUAAUAUUCUCUCCGUUGCCUCAAGACACUGCAUCCCAAUCCUUGCAGAUGAGAUUUAUGGAGACAUGGUCUUUCCUGAUUGUGAGUUCCAUUCUCUGGCCCCUCUGACCAGAGAUGUGCCAAUACUGUCCUGUGGAGGGCUCGCUAAGCGCUGGCUUGUGCCUGGUUGGAGGAUGGGCUGGAUCCUCAUCCAUGAUCGUAAUAAUGUCUUUGGACCAGAGAUCCGAGAAGCUCUUGUGAGGCUCAGCCAACGCAUUUUGGGUGCCUGCACUGUUGUCCAGGGGGCCCUAGAAAGCAUAUUAAACAGUACCCCAGCAGAGUUCUACCAAAAUACCAUCAGCUUUCUAAAGUCCAACUCAGAGAUUUGUUUCUAUGAGUUGUCAACCAUUCCUGGACUGACACCAGUGAUGCCAUCUGGAGCAAUGUACCUCAUGGUUGGAAUUGAAAUGGAACACUUUCCAGAAUUCCAAAAUGAUGUGGAAUUUACCGAGCGGCUGGUCACAGAGGAGUCUGUGUUCUGCUUACCUGCCACGGCAUUUGAAUACCCAAACUUCUUCCGGAUAGUGGUGACUGUUCCAGAGGAAAUGCUUUUGGAGGCGUGUGGCCGAAUCAAGGAGUUCUGUGUGCACCACUACAGACAUCUGAGCCAAGGCAGCAAUGACCUGGACCAGUGA